GAGCUGGCACUGAAGUCUUUGGGAAGCGAGGGGCUGUUUCUCUUUUCUUCUCUGGACACAAAUAAUGAUCUGUACCUCAGUCCGGAAGAGUUCAAGCCGAUAGCUGAGAAGCUGACGGGGGUUGCUCCCACCUCAGAAUUUGAAGAGGAGGAGACGCCUGAUCCAAGCGGGGAGACGUUGUCCAUUGUGGCUAAAUUCCAGCCUUUGGUCAUGGAAACGAUGACGAAGAGCAAAGAUGGUUUCUUGGGAAUUUCUCAUGUCGCUCUGUCCGGGCUGAGGAAUUGGACUGCUCCAGCAGCCCCUAUGAGCGUGAUGCUUGCCAGACAGUUUAAAGCCUUUCUUCCUCCAAAGAAUAAACUGGAUCUUGGGGAUCCGUGGUGGAUAAUUCCUAGCGAAUUGAACAUCUUCACUGGGUAUCUCUCCAACAACAGAUUUUACCCUCCACCUCCCAAGGGCAAAGAGAUCAUAAUCCACAGGCUUUUGAGCAUGUUCCACCCACGCCCCUUCGUAAAAACCCGCUUUGCUCCCCAAGGAGCUGUGGCCUGCAUCCAAGCCAUCAGCACCUUCUACUACACCAUAGCAUUCAGGAUCCACGCUGAGUUCCAGCUGAACGAGCCACCAGAUUUCCCCUUCUGGUUUUCCCCAGGCCAGUUCACAGGUCACAUCGUUCUUUCCAAGGAUUCUUCCCAUGUCCGAGAGUUUAAGCUCUUCGUCCCUAACAACAGGUCUCUGAACGUUGAUAUGGAGUGGCUGUAUGGGGCGAGCGAAAGCAGCAACAUGGAAGUGGAUAUCGGUUACCUGCCUCAGAUGGAGCUGGAAUCGACAGGGCCUUCAAUCCCCUCUGUGAUCCAUGAUGAGAACGGAAAUGUGAUUGACAGCAGGGAUCCCUCAGGGGAGCCCAUUCAGUUUGUGUUCGAAGAGAUAACCUGGCAGCAGCAAAUCCCCUGGGAAGAGGCAGCUCAGAAGCUGGAAGUGGCCAUGUAUCCAUUUAAGAAGGUCUCCUAUCUUCCCUUCACACAAGCUUUUGAGAGAGCAAAAGCAGAAAAGAAGCUGGUGCACUCGAUCCUGCUGUGGGGUGCCCUGGACGACCAGUCCUGCUGAGGUUCGGGGCGAACUCUCCGGGAGACCGUCCUGGAAAGUUCGCCCAUCCUCAUUAGCAGCUGGUCACUGGUGAAGGAGCUGGAAGAGCUGCAGACCAACAGAGAGAAUGAGUUCUACAGCAAGCUGGCUGACCUGCACCUGGAGAAAUACAACUUCCCCGUGGAGAUGAUCAUCUGCCUCCCCAACGGCACGGUGGUUCACCAUAUCAAUGCCAACUACUUCCUGGACAUUACUUCUAUGAAGCCUGAAGAUGUUGAAAGUAGCAUCUUUAGUUUCUCAAACAAUUUUGAAGACCCUUCUACUACAACUUACCUCCAGUUCUUGAAGGAAGGACUGCAAAGAGCAAAACCGUACAUGCAGACCUAA